AUGGGCCUAAACCAUGACACUGUGCCAUCGGCAGGGAGAAGGGGUGAAGGGGAAGUUGAAGAUGUUAUGGGAAGCCAUGUUGAAGAUGCUGUAACAUUUUGGGCACAGGAUGUCAGUAGAUUAAAAGACCUUUCAUUAAGCUGUGCUCUGGAAGAGGCUUGUCCUCAGGCUAAGGCAGUUUUUGGCAAACCAAAUUUCAGUAAGCUAGGUAGAUGUGGGUAUUUUUCUGAAGAUAAAUGCUGGUACAGAUGUACGGUACUGCAAGCGAUCGGCAAUGAAAAGUGUCAGGUAUUGUACAUUGCCUGUGGAAAUUCUGAGGUUCUGAAUAGAUCAGACAUAGCUGAAAUUCCACCAAACUUGCAAUGUCCUAGUUUUGCCCAGAAGUACAGGCUCUGGGGAUGGCAUAUACCAACUGAUCUGAACUUCAACGGGAAGAAGUUCUUGAGCAGACUUGUUUUUGAAAUAGAAAUAAAACUACAUCAUAAAGCCAAACAUGAAGAUGGCACCUUUAUUGCUCAGGCAGAAUAUGAAAAAAUAGAUAUUGGAGAAGAAAUGGCCAAAGCAGGGUUUGCUGAAAAAUGCAGAUCUCCGGGAAACACUAAAAAUGUGGAGAGAAAAGUAGGCAUCAUGUAAAAUCACCAUCCAAACAUAAAAACUUCAGGUCCAGCAUGGGCAAACAGGUCUGAUGACAUACCAUAUGGCACCCCAAGAGCACACUUUCACCAAGUAGCUGCCAACUCAAGGAAUUGGAAUUUUAGUGGAAACCGUAUGUUUGCACCAGACUUGGCAAAAGUAAGAUGCCGUAAGAAGCUGCCCAGAGAUAAUGUUCUCAGAAGGGAGAAUGUAAAUCUCUUGCAGACGCAGAAAGAACUAUAAGUGAAGGUUCAGCAGCUGGAACAUGAACUUGAGAGAGAGAAGGAGGCAUCCAGGAAAACUACAGAAGGUUCUGAGGAAAUCCUACAUACUCACAUUGGAACAAAAAAGAGAAGUCUGGCUGCUAACAUGCAGGCAUUGAAAAAAACUAGGCACUCAAUUAAGAACAGUUGUUUUGGUGAGCAACUGUCCCAAGCCAUAAAAGUGGUUACAGAAGGAUGCAUUGCUGUUCUGUGCUCCUUGGAAAAAUUACAGAAGAUUUGGACAGAAUAUGACUUGGUUCAAGAGAAGAUUCCUUUAUGCAGAAAUGUGGUAGAUGAAAGAGAUGACCUGAUUACCAAGAGAGAUGAGAUGCUGCAGAACUUGUAUUCAGUAGUGGAAGAAUUAAUCUUUGAAGUGGAUCUACUACCCCUCUCUGAGCACUCAAGAACUUUACAGGUAAGGAGAUUGUUUUUAUCAAUGGUGUAUGGACAAGAUUCUGAAGCAGAUAACUCUGAAGAGGCAUUUCAGCAGUUCUUAAAGAGUGUUAAAGUGAAGAAAUUAGUAUCUUUCAGAAAUGACAAAGCUCUGCAAGUUCUUGUUGACUAAUUCAGUGGCAUCUGAAAGUCUUUUGAUGUGAUAACAGAAGCACCUUCAGAUUUAGAGGAAGAGGUUGGCAAUGCAGAUGAAAUUCUCCAAAAGCAUAAUGAAACAGAGAAGGUAAUCACUAUGAGUGCUUAAGUUAUACAUAAAAUUCAUCAGGAGCAAACUAUGUUUACUGUCAUAGCAAACUGAUAUUUGGCCAGUGCUGAGUUAAAAAAGGAGACUGAGAAAUGACUGAAUAGAAACCCUGAUAUUGACAACUUAUUAUCAAUUAAGAAAACUUUGAAAAUCUUAAAAGCCCAGUUCAAGUGGAAGCUGGUUGAAAAGAACAAUUUGGAGGAUGAGACACUGAUGAAAGGAGUGGCCCAAGGUCUACAAUUGUUGCAUGGACCUAAUAUGAUGCAUAGAUCUCUGCAUGGAAAUGUUUUUGCUGUGAAUCUAAACUAUGGAUUUGUUGGAGACUUUGAUUUCAUUAAAUCAGGGGAACAGCGUGCUGCUGCAAAUACCAUGGUUGUCAGUGUCUUGAGCUUAGUUUCUCCUGAAAAGGGACAGCCAGCUUCUUGAGCCUCUGACAUGUAGUAUGUAUGCCUUCUGUUCUGGGAUGAUAAAGUUAAAUCUCUGCUCCUGAAUUUGUUCUGCUGCAACAGUCUGACAGCUGAGCAGGUGCUGAGACAUGAUUGCUUCCUUAUAGUUGAUGCAAUUCCAUUUUCACCACAACCAGGUGAAGGGCAUGAUUCUGAGAAUAUAGAUGACAAAAAUGUGAUUAACUGA